UAAAGGAUUCGAAGAAGUAGAGGAGAAGGACGCGUAAGAAUUUCUUCUCUUGGUGUAAAGGGGUUUAAAGAGAGCCCAUCAAAUAGCCCUAAUAUUAUUAAGUGCGCGCGUACCAUCAUCCGAGAGAGCGAGUGUGAAGUGGCCUGGGUAAUAGUUUAAUUGUUCCGGACUAUGACCGGCAGUGCAACGAAGCGGUGGAGUGAUCGGAACCAGCAAUGAGUUCCAAAUUCAUCAUCGAUAGCAUGCUUCCAAAGUACCAUCAGCAAUUCCAUCAUCAGCAGCUGUUCCCCAGCCCGACGACAACGUCCUCCAUCGAAGCAAGCCUAGCCUCCGCCGUCAACUACAGCUCCUCCGGCUCCCCGAGCGGCUCAUCGCCGCAGCACUCAAACAGCAGCGCUUCCUCAACAUCCCCAGCCUCAAGAAUGUAUCCGUACGUCUCCGCAGCCACCGCCGCCGCCCAUCACCAUCACCAGCAGCAGCAGGCGGUGGCAGCAGCCGCUUUCAACGCGGCCGCCGCCUCCGGCACAAUGGUCCCCGGCGGUUUCCCGACGAGCGCGAGCACCGCUGCCCUUGCCGCAGCAGCCGCCGUCGACGCCGCCAACGAUAAGUCCUGCAGGUACACGGCCGGCCUCGCCGGAAACGUCGCCCCAACAGAUUCUAUGGUCAACUACACUCUCGGACAUCACCAUCAAAACGGCGCCGCCGUCUCCGCCGCCAAUUCCGUCAGCGCCGCAUCCGCCUCCAUGGCCGUCGCUGCUCAAUUCUACCAUCAAGCAGCGAGCGCCGUCGUCGACCCGCUGACCUCCUGCUCGCAACCGGCGGCACCCGGCGGACAACCCAUCCCGGACAUACCAAGAUACCCAUGGAUGUCGAUCACAGAUUGGAUGAGCCCCUUUGACCGUGUGGUGUGCGGUGAGUACAAUGGUCCGAACGGUUGUCCAAGGAGACGAGGCAGACAAACGUACACGCGAUUCCAAACGUUGGAGCUGGAGAAGGAGUUCCACUUCAAUCACUACUUGACACGGCGACGGCGGAUCGAGAUCGCUCACGCCCUAUGCUUGACGGAAAGACAGAUCAAGAUCUGGUUCCAAAAUCGGAGGAUGAAGCUGAAGAAGGAGCUGCGAGCGGUGAAGGAGAUCAACGAGCAGGCGAGGAGGGAACGCGAGGAGCAGGAGAGGCACAAGCAGCAACAGCAGGAGAAGCAGCAGAAGAUGGAUAACCAUACGUCCUUACAUCAGCACCAUCACGAGGCCAUGAAGAUGGGCCUCGACAAGGCCGGAGGUGAUCUCCUCAAGGCCGUCUCCAAGGUACCCACAUAGGCUCCGCCCGUCUUCACUCAAAACGCAACGAGUUGCUAUGGGUACAUAGCAUAGGGAAGAAAGCAAAAAUAUGAUAUAAAAAAAAGUGAUGUGA